UGAAGCCAUAUAUCGCCGUCGCACACCAGCAGGCCUUUCAAACCUCUGCAAGUCUCCGCGCUAAGAGCAAUAUUUCCAGAGACAUUCAGCAACACAGACGCCCAGGAAAGAAGUGGAGAAAAGCUUUCGUAAGCAUGGCAAGUCCAUCUAAGCGUGCCCGGGGCAGUCAGAGCGAAGGCGAGGCCAUCCUCGGCUAUCUACACAACGUCUCCCCAGUGAAGAUAUCUCGCAACAACACUCGCUACUUCGACGCGAUUGUGCAGACCGGUCAGGAGGAGUUCCGGCGAGUGGUGUGCUUUUCGCCAGAGAAGCGGGUGACUUGCGUGCAGGCCAGCGACAACCAUCAGGCGGUGAAACUCGUGGACUGUCGCAAGACGAUCAGUCAGAGUGAUCCUGGUGGUUACGACGUGGUGCUUACCCCCAAAGCCGGGUUGACGCAGCGGAGAAGUUGCCAUUCGGGCACCGUGAACUCCGCACUUCUGAAAAGAUGACGGUGGCUGAAGUUUUGGUCCUGGGACCUCGCCAGCGCAUAAGUGUCAGUCGGGUGGACGUGAAAAUUGUGCAGGCCCUUGGCUGCCGGAUCGUGCCCUUGAACAGCGUGCCGACGGAGGUGAAGGCGUUUGCGGUGUGCGACCCCACAGGCCAGACUUCUCUCAGCGUGUGGGGGGCUCAGGUAGUGUCUGUGCAAGAGGGCAGGUCAUACCGUUUUGACGCACUGGACACCAGGAAGCAGGGCGAUCUCACAGUUCUCACCACCACUCCGUCCAGUGCUGUUUCGGUAAUAGCCGAGGUCGGCCAGCCAUCGACGAUGGAGCCACUGUCGCCCGGUGUGAAGCAGACGGUCCGAGGGGAGGUCACUGGCGUGCAGAUCGUGGCGAAUCCUCAGUGCCGUAGGUGCCACGCCAGCCAGGACGGCCUGGCCACUAGGAGCACCACACACCGGUGUGAGCGCUGCAAAAUUCUCCAGCGGACUAAUGCCUACACGUUCACUUAUGCCGGCGUUCUGAUCGUCAUGGGGGACGAUGGCAUGGAGCUGUCCGGCACCCUCACGAACUCUGCUGUCUUUAACUACGUGCGGGAUAAUUUUCUCUCCGCCUCGGCUCACGACAGCCCGGUGCUGGAAGAGCACGUGAUCGGUCAGGGUGAGCUUGAGGUGACCACGAACGGUGAGGGCUUGGUGCUGGGUUUCGUGAGUGCGCGCUCGGCUGAGCCCGUUCAGUCGCCCGCUGCGCAAGGCGACCAGGCGGAAUUGAGUUUUGAGGAACUCUUUGGACAUGACAAGGACACUGAAGGCUGA